UCUCUCAUAAAAGGCAUGAAAUUUUUUUCAUGAGGGAUACAUUUCCUCUUUUCUCUCUUUCUUACUUUUCAGUUUUAUAAUAACUUUUUACAGAGAUACCGGUUACACAAUGUUGCCAUGCUCUUAGUUGCUCUACGUUCUUGAGUUUCAACGAGUGGAGUGGUUGGGGUUUCUUCUUUUCAUUUUGAUCUCCUCUUUCUUUUUUUUUUUCUUUUUUUUUUCUACCGGAGCACGAUGGGUAACGUUACAAGCGCACUUUCAAGAGGAUUUCAAGCUGCAAAAAAUUUCAAGUACAUUCUCGAACUGGAAGAUCAUCUCGAGUCUUUGCAAGAAGUUGCGCUACUCCUCGAAGCAGAGAAGGUUGUUUUGCAGAGCGAACUAGGUUUGCGAGUGGAAGAAAAAUUCAAGGUAUGGAUUUCUGAAGUCGAAGCCAUCGAACCAAAGGUCGCUAAACUGCUUGAAGAUAGGACUGCAGAAAUCGAAAGACUGUCUAUGUGCGGGUGCUGCUCCAGCAACUUCUUUUUAACCAACCGUUAUGGUAAAGAUGUAUUCGAAACGUUGGAGAAAGCACAAAGAGUUCUGUCGUCAAAACCUUCUGGCGAGGUGGCUAGGAUGGAUCCUAGUAUAGAAGAGAGAGCCACAGUCGGUUUAGAGAAUAUGCUUGAAGCUACAUGGAGCCGUCUCAUGGAGAAGGAAGUUGGAAUCUUGGGUCUCUACGGUAUGGGUGGUAUAGGGAAAACCACACUUCUCAAACAAGUCAACGAGAAGUUACUCGAGGAAAAAAAUGAGUUUGAGGUCGUGAUAUUCGUAGUGGCGUCACAAAACCUACAGGUUGGAAAGAUCCAAAAUGAGAUAGGUGAAAGACUAUGCACCUGUGGCAUGUCACAUGAGUGGGAGAAAAAAACUCAAAAGGAGAAAGCCUCUAGUAUAUAUGAUGUUCUUACAAGGAGAAGAUUCGUUCUGUUAUUAGAUGACGUAUGGAGGAAAGUGGAUUUAGAAGAAGAGAUUGGGAUUCCAUUACCCACACCAGAAAAUGGAAGCAAGGUUGUCUUUACCACUCGCUCGAAAUACGUUUGUGAGCGUAUGGGACCUCAUGACUUGGAAGUCAAGAAACUAGAUCCCGAGAAUGCAUGGGAACUAUUCCGACAGAAAGUGGGAGGUAGGACAGUAGACAAUGAUCCAAAGAUCCUCGAGCUGGCAGGAAAAGUUUGUGAAAAAUGUAAAGGCAUACCCCUAGCACUCAACGUUAUUGGGGAAACAAUGUCAUACCAAACGUCCGUACGCCGGUGGCAGCGUGCGAUUGUUGAUCUGGAUUCAAAUGCGGCCAAUUAUCCAGAAGUUAAAGACGAGAUUCUUAAAAUUCUCAAGGUUAGCUAUGAUGGUCUUGGGGAGGCGGAACAACAAUGUUUCCAGUACUGUGCUUUAUUUCCAGAAGAUGAUGAAAUUAAUAAAGACAUGUUGGUCGAGUACUGGAUACAUGAAGGGAUCAUAAAUGAAGGUGGAGAUAGAGAAAUGGCAGCUUUCAACAAGGGCUCUUGGGUAAUCAAUAUCCUCCUUGGUGCAUGUCUGUUGAUGCCUACUGGCACUUCAGAUUCUGUAAAAAUGCAUGAUGUGACUCGCGAAAUGGCUCUUUGGGCUGCGUCUAAUUUUGGGGAAGAGGAAGAGAACUUUAUCGUCAAGGCAGGUGCUGGACUGCAACAGAUGCCUGAGGUUAGGAACUGGAACGCGGUGAGAAGGAUGUCACUUGCCAAUAAUGAGAUUCAGAACAUCUCUAUCUCCCCCGAUUGUCCUAACCUUACCACAUUGUUGUUAAAAGACAACAAUCUGGUGAACAUCUCAGGUGAAUUUUUUCUAUCGAUGCCUAAGUUAAUGGUUUUGGAUCUAUCUUCCAAUCAAAAUCUAACCAAGCUGCCAGAAGAGGUUUCAAACUUGGUGAGCUUGAGAUAUCUUGACUUAUCAGGAACAAGUCUAGAGAACUUGCCUGUAGGAUUGGGAAAGUUGAUCCAGCUGAGAUACCUUAAUUUGACCGGCGUACGAACUCUUCAAAGCUUUAGUGUGAUAUCGAGUUUGGUAAAUAUAGAAAUGCUAUUGUUAGAUGAUACUACUUUAGUAAGUCUGGAGUUGAUAGAGGAUAUCAAGUUACUUGAAAAAUUGAAAAGUUUAGGGGUAAGUAUCAGUGAUUUGGUUGUUUUAGAACGUCUUUUAAGUAUCCCCAAAUUGGCUAGAUGUAUCGAAAAUAUAUCUCUGGAGGGAGUUGUAUCAAAAGACGGUCCGUUGCAGUUAGAGAAGGCUAUGGGUAACCUUCGCUAUAUCGGGAUUGAAAGAUGUAUCAUCUCUGAUAUAAUGGAGCACAAGAGAUAUGGACGCAGCAGUACAUGCUUCGAAAACCUAGUCUUUGUCAAUUUUUAUGAAGUCAGUGGUGUACAGGAUUUGUCGUGGUUGUUGUUUGCUCCGAAUCUUUCAUUUCUAUCCGUAAAGGGACCAUCACGGGAGUUGCAAGAAAUUGUAAGUAGAGAAAAGGUCUCUGGUAUACUAAACGAGGAAUCGAGAAUUGCACCCUUUGGAAAACUACAAUCGAUUAUUUUACUCAACUUGGAGGAACUGAAGAGUAUCUACUGGGAACGGUUGGAACUUCCAAGACUAAAGAGCAUGGAUAUAGCAUACUGUCCAAAGCUGAAAAGGCUUCCAUUAAGCAAGGAGAGGGCUUACAACUUUGACCUACAUGAAUACGGUGAAGAAUGGUUCGGAGGACUUGAGUGGGAAGAUGAAGCUACUGAAGACUAGGUGGAUCCAUCCUUAAUCAGGUCGCUCUCAAAUAGACAAGCAAGUGCACAACUUCAGAGACAACCCAUUUCUUGAGUAGCAACUGUUUGUAUUCAGCUCCUAUAAUUGUAUUUGUAU